ACAACUUGUAAGAGAGAGAAAGGGGAGAGAGAUAGAGAGAGAGGAUUUAUUCAAGAGGUCCCAAGAAUCAAAGGUUUGGGUUUUUGGGGAUAUAGGUUUUGGAGGCCAUGGAUGGAGAAAUAGGGCCUCGAUUCCGCGAAGAUGAUCAGUUAAAGCAGACGGUCCUUCCAUCAAUCCGGUCUGCCGUUCGGAACACUAGCCCUUCCCGGCAAAAGGUCAUCAAGACAAAGCCCCGUGGCUUUGAUGAGGAGACCGUCUCGACCUUUGGCAAACCCAUCCAUCUUGAAGUCCAUAUGGAAGACAACAUAUGGGCUCUGCUUCCGGAGGACUUGUUAAAUGAGAUCCUUGCACGGGUCCCUCCGUUCUUCAUCUUCCGGCUACGGCCCGUCUGCAAGAGGUGGAAUUCGAUCCUCCAAGACAGCGGUUUCCUUAAAUUCCACUCGCGGGUACCAUCACAUGGGCCCUGUUUGCUCACAUUCUGGAAGAACUCUCAGACACCGCAGUGUUCGGUUUUCAGCUUGCCGUUGAAGUCAUGGUACAAGAUUCCGUUUGCAUUUCUGCCUGAUUGGGCAUUCUGGUUGGUUGGUUCUUCUGGCGGCCUUGUUUGCUUUGCGGGUUUAGAUGGCUUAAGUUUCAAGACUUUGGUUUGCAAUCCCCUUACCCAAGCCUGGAGGACAUUGCCGUGCAUGCAUUAUAAUCAGCAACGGCAAUUGAUCAUGGUUUUCAAUAGGACAGACAGAUCCUUUAAAGUUAUUGCCACGAGUGAUAUCUAUGGUGACAAGAUGCUACCAACUGAGGUCUACGAUUCCAAACUCAAUACAUGGUCUCUUCAUCAGAUAAUGCCUGCCGUUAACCUGUGCUCGUCGAAGAUGGCGUUUUGCGACUCUCGGUUGUAUUUGGAGACGCUUUCGCCACUUGGGUUGAUGAUGUAUCGGGUGGAUACAGGACACUGGGAACAUAUCCCGGCGAAGUUCCCGCGGUCCUUGUUGGAUGGGUAUCUUGUUGCAGGCACGCAAAAGCGUUUGUUUUUGGUUGGAAGGAUAGGGCUUUAUAGUACUCUCCAGAGUAUGAGGAUAUGGGAAUUGGAUCAUGCAAAGACGGUGUGGGUUGAGAUAAGUAGGAUGCCUCCAAGGUAUUUUAGGGCACUGUUGAGGUUAUCAGCGGAAAGGUUUGAGUGCUUUGGGCAGGAUAACUUGAUCUGCUUCACUUCGUGGAACCAAGGGAAAGGUCUUCUUUAUGAUGUGGAUAAGAAAGUGUGGUCAUGGAUUGCAGGGUGUGCGCUUCAGUCGUGCAACAGUCAGGUCUGUUUUUAUGAGCCGAGGUUUGAUGCUUCCAUUUACUAAGAAGGGUGCUUGGAUGAUAUAUGGAAGGGUGAUGAAAGGGCAAUGGAUGGUUCUUGGAAGGUAAUAUGAUUAUAUUCGAUGGGAAAUAUUUACAACAGUUUGUUUACUUCAUGAAGAUGUGCAAUGCCAGCUUUAAGCUUUUUGCUGACAUCGUUCGUGUAAUAGAGAAUGAAAACUUGGAGGAAACAGUAAUGCAAGCAUUCUUUUAAACCGGUAUUCCUAUGCUUCUGUUUGUAGUUGCCCAUUGAUGGGGUCAAGAAGUAGAUGAGGGCACAGGGCUCAUUUCAUGCAUUCUGCCUUUCCCUCUCCAGCACAGCUUUUCUCCGCAAACAUCAGUGUUUAGUGACAAGUUUUACUUGUUUGUACCAUGGGAAUGUUGUAAUUGUCAUGGUCCGGAAAGUUGUUUCAUUUAUUCCAUGAGUUUGCCAUUUUUUUCAGACUGUCUUGUAAAGCCAGUCUCAUUUCUGUUUGAGAAAGCUAUUGUAUUCUGGAUC